CAAUGACGCAGUCAUUGUACGAACACAAUAAUUCUCCAGGCAAUCGAAAUGCAUGCCCAAUCAGGUCAUUUUGGAAAAUCCGUUCUCAAAAGUUUUCCCGGUCCGAAUUUUCGACCCUGUUGUUGACAGUUGUCGACCCGGUCCAACAUUUGAAUGAAGACUUGGACUCAUUGAAUAUUGAAGACUCACGCAAGCCCGAGAAAAACAUGAAAACAGUUUCGGCUUUCAUGUACAUAUACUAAUAUGUCACUAUAUUGGACCUCUCCGUGCCCUUGUCUUCCAAUACUCUCGGCGCGUCGCUCUUUUCUUAGGUUUGUCAACAUCUUGCACUUGUGCGCUAUUCUCUCUCUCUCUCUUUCAAACUACAAUGAGCGACCUCAAGCUCUCGGUUGGUGCUUUACUUGUAAGCGGAUGGAUGUCAUUCAUGAGCUUUGGUUUGGUUCUUGCUUUUGGAUGGCAAUACUUCUUGCAAUUCUACAAUGACCGGGUGCUCUAUAAAACAAUUGUAACGACCUGUCUACUCUUAUGUCUGGGAGACACAAUUGUUUCCGGACUAUGGUGUUAUCGGUGGUCGUCGACAUAUUUUGGUGACGACUCGGCUUUGCUCGCGACUCCGCAGGAGGCCAUAGCUACAUUGUGGUUUUUCCCUACGGCGACGUUCCUUGUACAAAUCUGGUUCGCGAGCCGGAUAUGGAUGAUUUCGAUGAGGAAAAAUGUGUUGCUUCCAACGCUGAUAGCACUACUAGCUUCCGCAUCCUGGGCGAUCGCCUUGUGGAUGUUUUCCAAACUCAUCAAACAUCAUUCGACGUUAAUCGAUGACUCGAAACUCGUAUUCCCUGUUGGCUAUGCAUGGCUUGGAGGUGACAUCGUUGCGGAUAUGUGCAUUUUUGGUGGUCUCGCUUACUACACCGAAAUUCGUUCCCGGAAGCAACGAAAGCAUCAUAUCCUCUCACCAAAGAGCCUAUGGAUUGUUACCUGCCGGAUGAUUGAAUGCAAUGUUCUACCACUCCUUUGUCAAAUUGUUCUUGUUAUCCUCUUCAAAACGAAUGUCGGAUCCUACUAUAUACUUUCUGAUAUGACUAUUGCCAAAGUCUAUACUUUUUCAUUGCUUGUAUCUCUGAACGCGCGGACGCCUAUUGUAGAAGCUAUAUCCCAAGCUGCUGUCACAGGCCAACAAAGGUCGGAUCCUAUCACAUUCACCCGAUCGACAAUUAAUGCUACGGCAGUGCAAGUACGACGUACAUGUUGUACAUGAUGAUAGUGACGCUAGCCCGAUCUCGCCGUACGAUAAGAUAGAGAUGGAGAACGAGUCGGAGUAUGAGGUUGGAAAAGGUACUCUUGUGGAUGAGUAUCACGAUGGUAUUCAUCGUCAUGUCGGUUCAGUGUAAAUAUUUUUGCCUCCACAGAUGUCAGCGGAUGUUGUAGCACAAAUAGAUACCCAGGACAAGAUAUUUGAUGUUGUUGUGAAAUGGAAAUGGAUCGAGCCGUCAUUGAGUGUUCUAUCGAAGUGGAAAAGUUCCUGCUAUGUACACUUUAAGAGGAAAGAU